CUUUCACAAAGUGUGUUAAACACAAUUUCCAUGUUUCAAUCAACAAACACACCCUGUUAGCUAAACAAAAAGGUGACUAAAGGUUGUGCUGUGAACUGAGAUUUGAGUUCAGCUAUAAGAUAAAGUAAAAGUGAAAGUGUUCUAUUUAUCGUUGCACACCACCACACACACAUUGAAUUGUCUGUCCUCUGCAUUCAUUCCAUCACGAUGCUGUGAGUGUGUGGGGGAGUGGUCAGAGGAAGGGGAGACGGGGUCGGAGUCUGUGUGUGCACAAGACGGGGGACCAGGAAACGGACAGGGAGGGAGUUGGGCUUCCUGACUGCCUGGUAAACAUGCUGUCAAUACCAGAUGUUAUCAGGAAGAAGAGAGAUGGAGAGACAUUGAGCGACGAUGACAUCAAACUGUUCAUCGGCGCAGUCACAGAGAAAUCCAUUCAGGAUGCUCAGACAGGUGCGAUGCUCAUGGCAAUCUGGCAGAAGGGGAUGGAGGUCACAGAGAUCGAGUCCUUCACCAGGGAGAUGAUGCUGUCAGGGGAAGUGAUGUCAUGGCCGCAGGAGUGGGCAGGACAAGUGGUGGACAAACACUCCACAGGUGGAGUGGGAGACAAGGUUAGCCUGGUGUUAGCACCAGUGCUAGCCGCCUGUGGAUUGAAGGUCCCGAUGAUAAGUGGGCGUGGCCUGGCCCACACAGGAGGAACUCUGGACAAAUUGGAGUCAAUACCAGGAUUUAACAUCCAGCAAUCAUCAGAGCAGAUUCUGAAGAUCCUUGGCUCGGUGGGCUGUUGCAUCGUGGGACAAACAGAGAAGAUAGUUCCUGCAGACCGAGUCCUCUAUGCCCAGAGGGACGCCACCAGCACUGUGGACAGUCUGCCACUCAUCACAGGUUCAAUCAUCUCUAAGAAAGGAGCUGAGUCUUUAUCGGCUCUGAUUCUUGACGUGAAGUUCGGAAAAGCGGCUCUGUACAAAGACCUGGAGAGUGCUAAGAAGCUGGCGCAGUCCCUGGGGAGGGAAGGGAAUGGUUUAGGAAUGCGAACUGGAGCGGUGCUCAGCACUAUGGACUCAGUGAUUGGUCGAAAUGUGGGCAACAGUCUGGAGGUGAUUGAGUCUCUGGAGGCAUUGAAGGGAAAUGGUCCUGAAGAUCUGAUGGAACUGGUCACCACUCUGGGGGGCAUACUUCUAUUAAUGACCUCCAAGGCCUCCGACCUAUCAGAAGGUAGGAAACAGGUUUUGGACGUAGUGAAAAGUGGAGCAGCUCUGCUUCGUUUCCAGGCCAUGAUGGAGGCUCAGGGCGUGGCCAAGAAAACUGCUGAGACACUAUGCUCCGCCCACACUGACUACUUCAGCGUUCUGAGGAAAUCUGAGCACCAGACUGAACUGAGGACAUUAGCAGAUGGUGCUGUCACAGGACUCGAUGGUUUGGUUUUGGCGCAAGUUCUUCAUAAGCUUGGGGCUGGACGAUCAAAGGCUGGGGAACCUAUCAAUCACAGUGUAGGGGCGGAGCUACUGGUGUCAUUUGGUCAGAAGGUGGAGAAAGGCACCCCCUGGCUGCGGAUUCAUUAUGAGAAGCCAUCCCUGACUCCAGACCAGAUGAGUCGACUGCAGAACGCUCUUACCCUGGGAUCAGACUCAAAAAUGCAAACACAGAGUCUGGUCAAAGAGCUGCUGCUUCCAAAUUAACACAUACUGACGAUUUAAGUAAUUAACAAUUGAAUACUGCUGAGCAUAACACAAUAUGCAUGAACUGUGGGGAUGAUUAAUUUAGAUAAUUAUGAAAAUCCUCUUUUAAACACUUCUGACAUUAAAAAGAAGAAUUUCAAGGGUUUUUACAAAAACUACUCGGUGGAGUUGCACAUUGUCUUUGUGGACAAAGAGAAAGCAUACAAUAGGGUGCUUAUGGCAGAAUUUUUUGGAUUGCGCAAGACAGUUGGGAGUGGCAGAGAAGUAUGUGAAGAUGGUGUAUAAUAAUAUAUUAUAUAUAAUAAUGUUUAGUGCAAUUAUGAUAAUUAUGAUAAUUAUAUACAAUGAUAGAGGACGUUAUAAUACUCAUUCCUUACUUUAUUUACUUACCUUUUUACUUUGCUAACCAGAGUAAUUUACAAGACAAAUGAGUUUAAUAGGGUUUUUACAAAAAA